AUGGCAGAUAAAGCUGUGGGAGCUGUUGCUUCGCAAGGAGAAGUGGUAAAUUACAUUCCUGGGAUUAAGCCAAUUCGCGUAAAGGAUCUCCCAUCUUCAUUCAACAGCAAACGCCAGGAGAUGUUGCCCUUGCUUCUCCAAGUUGUAUCACAACUAACCAAUAAAGCACAAUAUGCCUUGUUCACCACCAUUGGAACAUUGGAAUCUCAAGUAAUUGAGGCUUUACAAGCUGAAUUUCCAGUCCCCAUUUUCACUGUCGGUCCAACAAUCCCUUACUUGGAUACCGAAUUCAACACUAACCAGCCUAGUCCAAACUACAUGUCAUGGCUUGAUGAUCAACCUAAGGACUCUGUUCUAUACAUAUCCCAAGGAAGUUUCAUGUCUGUAUCAAAAGAACAGCUAGAUGAAAUUAUAGCAGGUGUGCACAGCAGUGGUGUCCGAACAUUUUGGGUGGCACGUGAGAAUGCAUCCUUACUUACGGAUGGAAUUGGGAAGAGGGGAAUCGUGGUGUCUUGGUGCGAGAAAUUGAAAGUUUUGUGCCAUCCUAGUGUAGGUGGAUUUUGGUCGCAUUGUGGAUGGAAUUCAACCAAGGAAGGUGCAUUUGCUGGUGUGCCAUUUCUUACGUUCCCUAUUGGCGGUGAUCAAGUUACAAACAGUAAACAAAUAGUGGAGGACUAGAAGAUUGGGUGGAGGAUCAAUAAGGAAAGCGAGAAAUUGGUUAAGAGAGAUGAAAUUGCUCUGCUUUUGCAGAGUUUUAUGGACCUUGACAGCAAUGAAGGAAAAGAAAUGAGAAGAAGAGCAAUGGAAAUAAGGAACACCUGCCUAGAAGCAAUUGAAGGGGGCACCAUCCAAGGAAAUAUUGACAAGUUCAUUCGGGAUAUUUCUCGAGGCCCAAGGCAAUAAUGUUCGGUUUAUAGAGAAGUUAUGCAGAAAUUAUGUAUGAACUAAACAAUAUAAAAAUUAUUUCUAUAAUAUGUUACA